GCGACAGUUGGGUUUGGUAUUCCUGAGGCCGAUGGUACACGACGCAAUAGUGCAAUUUUUUUUUUCGUUACGUGUGCAGUGAAAGUGAUUGUUUUUUUGGUCGAAAUUCAAUUAUAAACAGUGGCGAUGCUGGAAUUUUAUCCGCAUCACAUGAACUUGAAUCCGGCCAUGUUGCCGGACCAUGGAGCUACCAUGAACGGACCUGAGUGUAACGGAAGAACUGAACUUCCGAAUUCGCUGAUCAAACGCGAACAGACGCACGAAAUUUGCGAAAGUUGCGGCCGGAAAAUCCAGGACCGCUACUUGAUGCGAGUGGCGGACGCCAGCUGGCACGAGCACUGUCUCUGUUGUAGCGUUUGUGGUGUUCUGCUGACGCAAUCGUGCUAUACCAGGAACAUGAAACUUUACUGUAAGGCUGAUUAUGAUAGAAUAUUCGGAGUGAAAUGUUCAAGAUGCGGCGACCGAUUACUACCCCAAGAAAUGGUGAUGCGAGCCCAACAACACGUCUACCACUUGCCUUGUUUCGUUUGCGUAAUAUGCUGCCAACCUCUACAAAAAGGUGAACAGUUCGUUUUGCGAGCAGGCCAACUUUUCUGCAGACAAGACUUCGAAAAAGAACUCUACCUCAUGCAACAAGCCAACAGCGGAGACGAAGACCUCCUGGACGAAAACAGCAGGCCUAGAGACGGUCGAAGAGGUCCGAAACGUCCAAGAACCAUUUUAACAUCGGGCCAACGUAGACAAUUCAAGGCCUCCUUUGAAGUAAGCCCGAAGCCUUGCAGAAAAGUGCGCGAAGCUCUGGCAAAAGAAACCGGUCUAAGUGUUCGAGUAGUGCAAGUCUGGUUCCAGAACCAGCGGGCCAAAAUGAAGAAAAUACAGCGCAAGCAGAAACAAGAAGAUGGUAAAUCUCCGAGUGAUAAGGACAAAAGUGACAAGGAUGAAAAAAUGAUUAAACAAGAAUCUAGUCCUGCUAGUAGCGAGUUUGGUAUGGGUUUGGGUUACGGUGGUUCUGGACAACCUUUGAAUCCGAAUAUGCCUUAUUCACCUGACGACAACUAUCCAGCUCAUUCGGGUGAAUCGUUUUGCAGUUCAGACAUAUCCCUAGACGACAGUACUAAUUUUGAUCAUUUGGAUGAAGGUACUUCUGAUACAAUGUCCUUGCAAAAUUUGGAAAUGACCCACGGAGAUAAUGGUAGCCUGGCGAAUCCCAUAGACAAGCUCUACCUCAUGCAAAACUCGUAUUUCAGUAGCGAACACUAAGUACAAAUUUUUAUUGUUAUAUUAAUAUAGGCUGGAUUUGUGUA